GAUUUUAUAGGGCUUGAAAUAUGUCUCCUAUUUAGUCAUUUGUACUAUUUUCUAUCAUUUUUUUAUCAGGUGAAAUUAAUAAAAAGACGCAAAUUUUAAGGGGUUUUGGAAAAAAUUAAGUUCUCCCAAUAAAGUAAUUUAAGAAAUCAACAGAUUUUGUCAUUUAUUUCUCCGGGAGUGGAAGAAAUUAUUGGUUCUUUUAUCGUUUAGUACAUUUUUCUAAACAACAUACCACGAUUUACCUUAAAUUUACCCCCCCCCCCCCCCCCCCCGCUUAAAUCCGCCACUGAUUAGUAAAUCACAUUCCCAUUUAUCUUCAGAUUUUGUUCAGUUUUAUUUCAUGAAAUGCACUUCUUUUUCUUUCUUAAUUAUUAUCGUAUAUGCUAGAUGUAUAUUGCUACCACGAGUAAAAUAUUUUGUUUUUUUAUCUUGAAAUCUAUAGCUACAUGUUUUCUAUUUCCUAAACAGUAUCCUUAAGUUAACAAACAACUGACACAAUGGGAUUACGCUACCUAUGUCUUGGGAAAUCCCCAUAAACAUUAUUUAGCUUCACUUUCUAAAUAUAUACAUGUACUUGUUAACCUUUACUCUGUUUAUUAGUUUUCGUUGAUACUUAAAAUGUAACAAAGAGAAUGGGAUUUCAUCUAUCCCAAGCCCUACCUAUGCCGUCUAAAUCCGGGGAUUCACCUGAAUCAUUCAUUAUCGUCACUGUCUGAAUAUUGACGUCUUUACCUUUAAUCGAUCUGUUGGUCUUCGUUGAUUAUACUGUUGCAACUUUUCACUCAUGUUGCAUGCAUCUUACAUUCAACCCGCGUUAUCAUCGUUUGUAAAUAUUGUAUUUCGUCCACUUAAAUAAUUUUAUUUCGAACAAUUUUGAAUAUUAGAUGAAAGUCACACUAUAAAACGUUGAGUGGUGUGUGAAUUGACACCGAAUCGAAUUUUGAUAACCGAUUCCCUGCGUAAAUAUUAUGCACCCCAUUUGUUUACUUUGAGUUAUUUUUAUUUUGGCCGAUAGAGAUGACUUCUGUCAACUCGGACUAUCCCUAUUAUGCGCUAGCUCAUGUGCUGCACACUUAAUAAGAGUAAACAAUUAUAUCGUUCUACGUGAAUUCAAGCUUAAUAGGCUCAAUCCAUGCAUCUAUAAGUUUUUGACUUAAAACAUCAAUUUGAAAAAAAAAAGCGAUGAAGAGAAGCAGACCUGCAAUUAAGAUUAAGAAGCAUGACAUUUUUAUUUUCUUCUUUUUCGGUAAUGGCAAACUAGAAAAAUUCCCCUAUCUACAAAGAAUUAACAUGUUUAUCCUUAAGCAGGGACGGUCUCAUAUUACCAAACUUCUCUGGUCUUUAAAUAUUUUCUUUCAACAAUAAACCUCAAUUCAUUUAUGUAAAACUUAAUAUUUUGGAAUGUCAGUGGAAGAUGAAUAACAUGUUUGUUAUUGAGAGAUUAUGUAUUUGUGCGUAACGUUACUAAUUUCCGUAGAGUCAGUAAUUUGACCUACAUCUGACUAAUACACAACUUUGUUACACAUAAAACCCUGUUACAUGCACAGUACAAACCUAACGUGGAUCAAUUAAAUGUAUCAUUUUUCUGUUUCAAAGAGGAUACUUUUCAUCGAUGAAUUAAUUUCAAGACCAUAUCACUUUUGCACUCGGUUUGUACAAACAUAAGGCUUGAUAAUUUAACAUUUUAGUUUCUGAGAGGGUAAACUACUGAAAAAAGCAUAACAUCACAGAGAGAUUGACAAUAUCAUAUUAAUAGAUCUAUUUCAAUACGAACAGCAAUGUCAUUUUGCAAUAAGUUAAGUCAUUAAAAAUUCAAUGUUGUGCGGAAAAAAAACCCCAACAUUUUUCAACGUCUUAUGGCUUUCAGAAAAUAGCCCUAUUCCGAGAAAUCAAAGCGCAGGGCUUUCAGAAAACAGGAUAGUCCUGUUUCUGGUAUUUAAAGCGAAACUUCUAAACCACACCGCUGUGUUUAUUGCUUCUCUGGCGACUUACUACCGGGCAAAAUAGGUCGGGCAAUACGAGAACAAUGACACCGUUUCCGAUGAGCAGGCCAAGCGAAUGAUUGAUUGAUUGAAUAUUGUUUAACGUCCCUCUCGAGAAUAUCUCACUCAUAUGGAGACGUCACCACUGCCUGUUAAGGGCUGCAAAAUUUCGGCCUAUGCUCGGCACUUGUGGCCUUUGAGCAGGGAGGGAUCUUUACCGUGCCACACCUGCUGUGACACGGGACCUCGGUUUUUGCUGUCUCAUCCGAAGGAUCGCCCCAUUUGAUUGCCUUCUACGACAAGCAAGGGGUACUAAGGACCUAGUCAAGCGAAUGCAAUAACAGCAUGCCUGAUAGGUGGAUCAAAAGAAUGCAAUACCAGUGGUCCCGAUAAACUGGUAAAACGAAUGCAAUAACAGCGGGCCCAAUGAACAGGUUAAACGAAUGCAAUAACAGCGGUCCCAAUAAGCGAGUCGAAUGAGUGCAAUAACAGUGGUCCCGAUACACAGGCCAUGUGAGUGCAAUAACUGCGGUUACGAUAGGCGAGGUCAAUUGAGUGCAGUGAAAGUGGCCCAAAUGAGCGCAACAACAGUAGUUCCGAUGUAUAAGUCGAAUGAAUGCAAUAAAAGACGGGACUCUUUUAUUGCAUUCAUUAAGCGGUUAAAUGAAUGCAAUAACAGACAUCCCGAUAAGCGGUUAAAUUAGUACAGUACACUUCUACAUAGACGAGAUAAAAUGACCUUUGACCCGUUCAUGUUCGUGUUACUCAUCGCAUGUCAUGGAGAAAAUCAGCUUUUGAUUGUGACCAAGCCUACAUUGAUAAUCGGACCAACAGGACAUUUGAUAGUAUCAGUUGUUACAGCGGAUGUAGCAGUACUACUUGGAAUAGACCUUCCAUCACUUCCGUCUGUACAGACUUCAGUACAUCAGAAGAUUGGGCGACAUACGAGGGAGAAUUUACAACCACGUUCCCAUUAUCGACGUCUUACGUCAUAGGAUAUUCUUCUUGCUGUUGGAUUGGAACUUUGCAAGUGAAUCCCAGUAGCUCUUGGUCUAUAGUGACGCACAUUAAUUUGGCCUAUCGUUCAGACAUAGGACGAGUUAACAAAUCACCAGUUACAGCCAUGCAGCCCAUUGUCCGUCUUCAACGAGGAUGCAGUCAUACUAUCCAGAUACCAGUGGCGGAUGACGACGGCGACACUGUGCGGUGCAGAUGGGCAACGAACUCUCCUGUCAACGAAUGCGCCGGGAUAUGUCAAUCGUUCCCUAACGCUGUGUUAGACGAGACGACCUGCACGAUCGAUUACUCAUCCACUACAAACUCCAACGGCUACUAUGGAGUAGCAAUACAGAUUGAAGACUUUGCAACAUCGUCAUCGACUACUCCGAUCAGCAGCAUUCCAUUACAGUUUCUGGUGGAGAUAUUCGAUUCCAACAGCCCCUGUGCCGCAGCACCGACUUUCAUUUCACCAACACCCGCUGAUAAUGGGUGUUUUGAGGCAGUACAGGGAAUAACCUUCAGUAUUGAAAUCCGCAUACGGACAGGAACCAACAAUCAACAAAUUCGUGAGGUGACCACUCAAUCUCCGAUUGGGGUUACAAAGUCUAGCAUCCAAGCAAUAUCCCUGACAGAUUAUUACAUCAAUUUAAUCUGGACACCGACCAGCAGCCAGCAAGGAUCAUAUAUAAUUUGUUUUACUGGAGAAGACAAUUUAGGAUUGACAACAGAUACUAGGUGUAUUAGAUUAAAUGCAGUCAGUUCUAGUACCCUGCCUUUGGUAAUGGAUGGCAGUCAGUCACCAUCUGGAUUCGUGCAUGGUGAUAAUCAUCAGUGGUCGGUGCGAUAUUCAAACUAUUUUGUACCGCCAACCGCCCCCACAUACAUCAGGAUUUACGGAUUUAAUGGCUUACUGGUGGAGAUAAUUGACGUCACAUCCUCUUCAGUAGUUUACCCACAGCCGUCCAGCGACAAUCGACUGUCAUUCAAUACCUCAUACAAUUACCAAAAAGGGAUUUCCUAUUAUAUUCAAUUUGAUGAAGGGGUAGCAAACAGAGAGCUCGGAUGUAGCGUCAAAUCGACCGCUAUCAUCAGCACUUCGUUUUGGAACUUUACUAUUUAUUCCAUACGAUGCAGCGAUUCUCCCUGUAAUAACAGCUUGAAUUGUACUGAUUUGGUCGGAGACUAUGAAUGCAUGUGCAUCCCUGGAUUUACCGGAAAGAACUGCACCAUAGAUGUAGAUGAAUGCUCCUCUGGUCCAUGUAAAAACAACGCCACUUGCAUUGAUGGAAGAAACUCUUUCACGUGCAACUGUUAUCCAGGAUUCUACGGAGAGAACUGUACAGAGCGAAAUUUGGUACGGCUUGUGGACGGUAAAGUGCCGUUCGAAGGACGGGUGGAGAUUUACAAUAACGGUAUGUGGGGGACUGUGUGUGACGACUUUUGGGACCAUAAUGACGCGGCAGUUGUAUGCGGAAUGUUGGGAUAUUCCAGAAAUUCAGCACGAGGCUUGUGUUGUGAAGUAUUCGGUAAAGGUGGUCCUCAAAUUUGGUUGGACAACGUCGAUUGCCAGGGAACAGAACAAGACAUCUUCCAUUGCCAACAUAUCGGCUGGGGAAAUCAUAACUGUGACAACCACGAGGAUGCUGCAGUGAUUUGUUCUCCCAAAGACAUCCCUGUUCGCCUUGUGGGUGGACAAAAUCCCUUGGAGGGACGAGUGGAACUGUAUUACAAUGGAGGAUGGGGAACAGUCUGUGAUGAUUACUGGGAUGAUCAUGAUACUGCGGUGGUCUGCAAUUCUUUAGGGUUCUCAGCCAAUGGAGCAACAGCCAUGUGUUGUGCUCACUUUGGACAAGGAAAUGGAUCUAUUCUACUAGAUGAUGUUGACUGUUUAGGAACGGAGACGGAUAUCGAACACUGCAAGCACAGAGGUUGGGGGCUACACAAUUGCCAACACCAGGAAGAUGUGUCGGUCCGCUGCUCUCCCAUAACAGAAUCAACAAACGUCAGUCCAACAUAUUCCAGUACAGCGUCAACAAUCACAACAACAACACAGAUGUUAACGACAACAACAAAGACAGCAACUACUCCGAUCAGUGGUUCAACAGCAAACACUGAUACCACAACUACUCCGAUUAGUGGUUCAACAACAAACAUUUAUACCACAACUACUCCGAUUAGUGGUUCAACAACAAAUACUGAUACCACAACUACUCUGAGUAGUGGUUCAACAACAAACACCGAUACUACAACUUCUCCGAUUAGUGGUUCAACAACAGACGCUGAUACCACAACUUCUCCGAUUAGUGGUUCAACAACAAACACCGAUACUACAACUUCUCCGAUUAGUGGUUUAACAAUAAACGCUGAUACCACAACUACUCCGAUUAGUGGUUCAACAACAAAUACUGAUACCACAACUACUCCGAUUAGUGGUUCAACAACAAACACCGAUACUACAACUUCUCCGAUUAGUGGUUCAACAACAAACACCGAUACUACAACUUCUCCGAUUAGUGGUUUAACAACAAACACCGAUACUACAACUUCUCCGAUUAGUGGUUUAACAAUAAACGCUGAUACCACAACUACUCCGAUUAGUGGUUCAACAACAAAUACUGAUACCACAACUACUCCGAUUAGUGGUUCAACAACAAACACCGAUACUACAACUUCUCCGAUUAGUGGUUCAACAACAAAUACCGAUACCACAACUACUCCGAUUAGUGGUUCAACAACAAACACCGAUACUACAACUUCUCCGAUUAGUGGUUCAACAACAAACACCGAUACUACAACUACUCCGAUUAGUGGUUCAACAACAGAGGUUGAUAAAACAACUACUCUGAUUAGUGGUUCAACAAUAAACGCUGAUACCACAACUUCUCCAAUUAGUGGUUCAACAAUAAACACCGAUACUACAACUACUCCGAUUAGUGGUUCAACAACAGAGGCUGAUAAAACAACUACUCCGAUUAGUGGUUCAACAACAAAGAUCGAUUCCACAUCUUCUCCUAUUAGUGACUCAGCAACAAGCACGAAUACCACAUCUAUUCCGAUCAGUGGUUCCACAACAAACACCAAAUUUGCAUCUCAUUCAACUAGUAGUCCACAAAACACCGAUUCCACAAUUACUCCGACUAGUGGUUCAACAACAAACAUGGAUAGCACAUCACUUACACCAACUAGUGACUCAGCAAUGAACAACGACACUACAUCCCAAACAACGGGAUCAACAAACAUGUUUUCUGCACCAUCAAGUACAACAGGCAACACUUUAACAUCAACAACAAAUCAGGGUUCAGCUUCAACACCAUGUAGAUCUGCUGGGUUUUGUUGCCCUGGAAUAAACGGAACUUGCAACAGUUUCGGAUACCGGCUUUAUACAACUGGGAUAGGGUCAUGCUAUUGUGAUUAUGCUUGUCUAUCUCUGAAAGAUUGUUGCAUUGACUUCCCUGAUACAUGUGCAGAUUUGAUCGGAAACGUAACAAACCAGACGUCAACAUCUAACUCCCCAUACACAUCGUCGACUAUGGAUGUUUCAGCCAUGCCAUCAAGUACAGAGGCAUCCACAUUACAUGAUGCUAGUACAACAACUAGCGAUAUGCCAUCAAGUACAGAGGCAGCCACAUCACCUGUUGCUAGCACAACAACUAGCGAUAUGCCAUCAAGUACAGAGGCAGCCACAUUACAUGAUGCUAGCACAACAACUAGCAAUAUGCCAUCAAGUACAGAGGCAGCCACAUCACCUGUUGCUAGCACAACAACUAGCAAUAUGCCAUCAAGUACAGAGGCAGCCACAUCACCUGUUGCUAGCACAACAACUAGCAAUAUGCCAUCAAGUACAGAGGCAGCCACAUUACAUGAUGCUAGCACAACAACUAGCGAUAUGCCAUCAAGUACAGAGGCAGCCACAUCACCUGUUGCUAGCACAACAACUAGCGAAAUGUUGAAUCCCAUACAUUUGAAUUCUUCUGUGAGACUUGUUGGAGGACCGACUCCUUAUGAAGGUAGAGUUGAGGUUUAUCACGCUGGAGUGUGGGGCACAGUCUGUGACGAUAUUUGGAAUGACCGUUUGUCAGCUGUUGUGUGUAGAUCUUUGGGAUUUCCAUGGAACACUUCUGAAAGCUAUUGUUGUUCCCGGUAUGGACAAGGGACGGGUGUUAUAUGGAUGGAUAAUGUUUAUUGCAUUGGAAACGAAGAACGAAUUGAGUUGUGUUCACACAAUGGUUGGGGAAACCAUAACUGCGUACAUUACGAGGAUGUGUCCGUGAACUGCUUACCGGAUAUUGCAACAACAUCACCGGCAAAUACAACAACCCUAACGGAAAAUACAGGAACAUCACCAGUAUAUACAACCAAUCAACCAAUCAACUAUUCUUCCUCGACAGAACCUACAGCUACAACAACUGAUGACAUGCAGGACACUUCUACAACAACGGAUACCACACUGGAAGUAGCAAAAAACACAGAGUCCCUCACUACCAAUGUAAUUCACUCUCCAGCGACUGAUAUAUCAACAAAUUCUCCUAAAAUUCAGACAAUAUCAACAAUACAAUGGACAACACAAGAAUCAACAGUUACAACAACACAAACUCCAUCACCAACAACACCACAAACUCCAUUAACAACAACACAAACUCCGUCACCAACAACAACACAAAUUCCGUCACCAACAACAACACAAACACCGUCACCAACAACAACACAAACACCGUCACCAACAACAAGAACACAAACUCUGUCACAGACACAAACUCCAUCACCAACAACAGCACAAACUCAGUCAACAACAACACAAACCCUGUCACAAACAACAACACAAACCCUGUCACAAACAACGACACAAACUCCGUCACCAACAACAACACAAAUUCCGUCACAAACACAAACUCCGUCACCAACAACAACACAAACUUUUUCAACAACAACACAACCUCAGUCAACAACAACACAGACUCCAUCAACAACAACACAGCCUACGUCAACAACAACACAAACUCCGUCACCAACAACAACACAAACUCCAUCAACAACAACACAAACCCCGUCACCAACAACAACACAGACCCCGUCACCAACAACAACACAAACCCCGUCACCAACAACAACACAAUCUCCAUCAACAACAACACAAACCCCGUCACCAACAACAACACAAUCUCCAUCAACAACAACACAAACUCAGUCAACAGCAACACAAACUCCGUCACCAACAACAACACAAACCCCGUCAACAACAACACAAACCCCGUCACCAACAACACAAACCCCGUCACCAACAACACAAGCUCCGUCAACAACAACACAAACUCCGUCACCAACAACAACACAAACCCCAUCACCAGCAACACAAGCUCCGUCAACAACAACAACACAAACUUCUUCAACAACAACACAACCUCAGUCAACAACAACACAGACUCCAUCAACAACAACACAGCCUACGUCAACAACAACACAAACUCCGUCACCAACAACAACACAAACUCCAUCAACAACAACACAAACCCCGUCACCAACAACAACACAGACCCCGUCACCAACAACAACACAAACCCCGUCACCAACAACAACACAAUCUCCAUCAACAACAACACAAACCCCGUCACCAACAACAACACAAUCUCCAUCAACAACAACACAAACUCAGUCAACAGCAACACAAACUCCGUCACCAACAACAACACAAACCCCGUCAACAACAACAACAACACAAACCCCGUCACCAACAACAACACAAACCCCGUCACCAACAACACAAGCUCCGUCAACAACAACAACACAAACUCCGUCACCAACAACAACACAAACCCCGUCACCAGCAACACAAGCUCCGUCAACAACAACAACACAAGCUCCGUCAACAACAACAACACAAACUCCAUCACCAACAACAACACAAACCCUGUCAAAAACAACAACACAAACCCCGUCACCAGCAACACAAGCUCCGUCAACAACAACAACACAAACUCCGUCAACAACAACAACAAGAACACAAACUCUGUCACAUACACAAACUCCAUCACCAACAACAGCACAAACUCAGUCAACAACAACACAAACCCAGUCAGAAACAACGACACAAAUUCCGUCACCAACAACAACACAAAUUCCGUCACAGACACAAACUCCGUCACCAACAACACAAACUGCAUCAACAACAACACAACCUCAGUCAACAACAACACAGACUCCAUCAACAACAACACAGCCUACAUCAACAACAACACAAACUCCGUCACCAACAACAACACAAACUCCUUCAACAACAACAACACAUUCUCCAUCAAUAACAACACAAACUCAGUCAACAACAACACAAACCCCGUCACCAACAACAAGAAAAACUCCAUCACCAACAACAACACAAACCCCGUCAGCAACAACAACACAAUCUCCGUCAACAACACAAACUAAGUCAACAACAACACAAACCCCGUCAACAACGACAACACAAACUCCGUCAACAACAACAGAAACUCAGUCAACAACAACACAAUCUCCGUCAACAAUAACACAAACUCAGUCAACAACAACAACACAAACCCCGUCACCAACAACAAUAAAAACUCAGUCACCAACAACACAAACCCCGUCAACAACAACAACACAAUCGCCGUCAACAACAACACAAACUCAGUCAACAACAACACAAGCUCUGUUACCAAUAACAACACAAACUCUGUCACAGACACAAGCUCCACCAACAACAACACAAGCUCCGUCAACAACAACACAAACCCCGUCACCAACAACAACACAAACUCCGUCACAAACAACAACACAAACCCCGUCAACAAAAACACAAUCUCCGUCAACAACAAUACAAACUCAGUCAACAACAAGACAAAUCCCGUCACCAACAACAACACAGACACCGUCAACAACAACAACACAAACUCCGUCACCAACAACAACACAAACUCCGUCACCAACAACAACACAAACCCCGUCAACAACAACAGCACAAUCUCCGUCAACAACACAAAUUCAGUCAACAACAACACAAUCUCCGUCACCAACAACAACACAAACUCCGUCACCAACAACAACACAAACCCCGUCAACAACAACAGCACAAUCUCUGUCAACAACACAAAUUCAGUCAACAACAACACAAUAUCCGUCAACAACAACAACACAAUUUCCGUCAACAACAACACAAACUCAGUCAACAACAACAACACAAACCCCGUCACCAACAACAACACAAACCCCGUUACCAACAACACAAGCUCCGUCAACAACAACACAAAAUCCAUCACCAACCACAACACAAACCCCGUCACCAACAACACAAGCUCCGUCAACAACAACACAAACUCCGUCACCAACCACGACACAAACCCCGUCACCAACAACAACACAAACUCCGUCACCAACCACAACACAAACCCCGUCACCAACAACACAAGCUCCGUCAACAACAACACAAGCCCCAUCACCAACAACAACACAAACUCCGUCACCACCAACAACACAAACUCCGUCACCAACAACAACACAAACUCCGUCACCAACAACAACACAAACUCCGUCAACAACAACCACGACACAAACUCCGUCAACAACGUCCAUGAUAGUGCAAACGACGGAUAGUACAACGCAAGUUCUGGAAACACUGGGAAGCUUUACAUUCGGGGAGGAAGUUUAUGAUUGGAGUGUUUCCGGAGAUGAUGUAACGAGUCCCGCGUUGAAUCCCCCCACACAUGUUUACAUUGGAGACGGGACAGAAGGAACCUUCGACAAGGCUUAUGUUGGAAGUAAUGGGAUCAUUAGUCUUGGAGAGAGAUACAAUAGCUUCUCUAUAUAUGAUCUGACGUCAUCAUCUGUAAAUCAGAGAAGAAUAAUUUGUCCGUUCUGGACAGACUUAAUUUCCGGCAACAUCGUCUACUAUAAUACAUAUACAAGCGGUGUGUGGAGUGAUCAGCCCACAUUAGACAAAGCCAACAGCAUCAUCAGAGAAUAUUACGGGGACGAUUUCCCGCACUUUGAAGCUAUCUGGGUGCUAAAAGUAACAUGGAAAGAUAUGGAUUUGUAUUCAGACAGAACGCAGAAUGUGACAGUACAGGCUGUUCUUGUGACGGAUGGGAUCAACACGUUCACCAUGUUUUAUUACAUCGAUGUGAACUUGGCGGUCGUUAAUGGGCUAGAUAUCUCGGUGGGUUACAGAUAUCGGAGCUUCUACACCAGUAAUCCUUACUCCUGUCGGAGUGGAGUAUUCACUCUCAGUCAAAUUCCAGGCAAUAGAGGAAUUCGGGGAUUUUGGAUAUACAAAUUGACAACAGAAAUACAGUAUUCAGGAAAUGAGCUUUCCUGUUUUAACUGGUAUAUCAGGAAUAAGAAUCAAGGAAUGGACACUAUUCUGCGUAAUCGCAGACAGUGGUGGUCAAACGUGUGUCCAUGUCAACUCGACUGGUUAUUGUUUGAUGGCAGGUUCCAGUAUUCAAGGACUGAUUUUGCUAACGGAGUAAUUUGUUACGCAUCUAUGAUGUCAUUUACCGGAAGUGCUGAAUGUUGUUAUCCGAUCUCCAACUGGUGGUUCGGAUGGUCAUGGUGGUCUAUAGGAUGGUUUGGAUCCACUACCCGCACGUGGACGAGACCAGCAGCCGGAACCCUCCUGGAAAACAGUCCGUUCUUUGACACUGUUCAAUAUUACAAUGAAGACCUUUUACCGAAGGAGCAGUGUUGCGGAACUGGACAUUGCGAUUGGUAUUACGAAGUUCGUCCUAGAACGUGGUGCUAUCGAGUGUCUAUAUUCUGGAUAUCCUGGUUAUUUGGAGACCCUCAUAUAAACACCCUCGAUGGAAAUCAGUACACAUUUAACGGCUAUGAUGAGUACGUGUUGCUGAGAAUUGAUACGGAAGCGAAGCAGUUUGAAUUACAAGCUAGAACAGACCUCGCUGAGGGAGCCAAUGGCACAGUCAUCAAUGCUACCAUAUUCAGUGCGUUUGCUGCUAGAGACGAAACAGGGUCCUUUGUGCAAGUGGAACUAUCCCGAAGCAAAGACAAAAUGUACAUUCGAGGAAAUGACCAAGAUAUAACAAACAGCUUUGAGGAUGACAUUUCCUACAGAUAUUUUACCAGGUACCUGGUCAUUACGAAAGAAAACCAAACUUACACAGCCACCUUCCUCAACUCAUCUAUAACAAUGAAGGUGACGUUAGGAGUUCGGUUUUUGACAAUUGAGGCCGUGGUGGAUUCUAAAUAUAAUGGCAGUGUUAUUGGCUUGAUGGGAAACUUUGACGGAAACAGUACAAAUGACUUCAUUCUUCCGAACGGAACUUUCCUGAAACCAGAGGACGUGAACACAGAGAGAAAAAUCUACAACAAUUUUGGACAGUUCUGGGUGGUAAACGAGACGACAUCAAUCUUCCAUUAUGGUUCAGGCCUAUCACAUAGGGACUAUUCUCACCCUGAAUUUGUUCCUUUCUUUGUUGACGAAUACCCUGAAGAUCAGAGGAAUGCCUCGCGUGAAGCCUGCGGCGGCGACUCAGCCUCCCAAGCCUGUAUUUUCGACUACCUUGCAACCGGAGAUAAAGCUUUGGCUCUCUCUUCUGGAAACACAGACACCUCUAAUAAACAGGACCUUGUCAAUAUUGAAAAUCAGCCACCAUUUAUUGACGGUGAAGAGGUUAUUCAUGCGGAAGUAAAUAAAACGGUCCAAAUACAAUUCAAUGCUUCUGAUGACAAGGGUUAUACAUACCAGGUUCUGAACCAGCCACCUACAGGGUUUUCCUUUGACAAUAUCACCGGGGUAGCUACCUGGACGCCAAAUGAUUCGAACAACGCACAGAUUAGUAUAACAGUCGUUGACACUGAUGGAGUUUCCGCCCCAGCAAUGGAUAUUAUAUUAGUCGUGUGCAGCGCGUGCAGCCAUCGGGGUUAUUGUGAUUACAACAGAACAGUUCAAUCGACAAAUAGUACGUUCAGACUGGCUACCUGUGUUUGUUACCAUGGAUACACAGGUGAUAAUUGUGAACUUGACGCAGACGCAUGCGCGGAUAGUCCCUGUCCUCUGGGGCGUAACUGCACGGACCUGCCUGCAGAGGAGGAGCUGAGGAUUGGUAGAGGUUAUAACUGUACGGAUUGCCCACGAGGAUAUCAGGAUAUUGACAACAAAUGUCAAGACAUCAAUGAGUGUAACACCACCUCGACUAACCAAUGUGAUCAAGUGUGCGAAAAUACAGAGGGAGGUUUUGAAUGUCAUUGUUUCAAUGGGUACCGCAUGAGCGAGGGUUCCUGUCGAGAUAUUGAUGAGUGCUCUGAAGGAACAUCGACGUGUGAACAGAAUUGUCGCAAUACAGAUGGUUCAUAUGUGUGUUCCUGUGUUACAGGAUUUGAACUUAAGAAAGACAACAGCUCGUGUCUGCAAAUAGAAACUGAUGUCUGUAAACUUGUGGGACUCUCCUGUCAGUAUGCCUGCGAUAACUCAUCCGGCAUCUUCAAAUGUAUAUGUCCAGCUGGAUAUGAACUCGCUGCGAAUAACAGGAAUUGUACAAAUAUCAACGAGUGUGACCGCAACAUCUGCUCACAACAUUGUACGGACACUAACGGAUCAUACAAUUGUGCCUGCUAUAUCGGAUACAGACUUAACUCAGACCACACUACGUGCUCCGAAUGCGAUGCGCCAUACUACGGACAGGGAUGUAGUUAUAUGUGUGAGUGUGGCGCCGGAAUGGACCGGUGUGAUCCAGUCAAAGGUUGCGUCUGUUUACCUGGAUGGACCGGAUCAGAUUGUAGUCAGGAUGUGAAUGAGUGCAGCGUUAACCAAUCGAUAUGUGGGACAGAUAAACUAUGUCACAAUCUACAGGGUGGUUAUAGGUGUGACUGUCGACAAGGUUACAGAAAGGAGGCGGGAAAAUGUGUUGAUGUGGAUGAAUGUGCAAAUGCUGGAUCACACAACUGUUCCACUGCAACAUCCACGUGCAAAAACAAAGAUGGUGGAUUCAGCUGUGAAUGCAAGACCGGAUACAUUCAGAAGAAUCUCUACGAGUGUCAAGAUAUUGAUGAAUGUGGAGCUAAUAUUGACGGCUGUUCCCAGAUAUGUAGCAAUGUAAAUGGUAGUUAUGAUUGUGAUUGUCACUUUGGAUUCUCCCUCAAUGACGACAGGAAAACAUGCUCAAAAGUACAAGACACAUGCCUUCUCUUCCCUGGAUUGAACUGCAGUUAUGGGUGCAAGCAGGCUCAACAAAACCAAACGAUCGGAUUAUGUUUCUGUCCAGAGGGUUACAUUCUCAACGAGCAGGACAAGUCAUCGUGCAUAGAUUUGAACGAGUGUGCAAAUAUGUCUUUGAAUAAAUGUUCGCAGAAAGACACGUGUGUUAAUACACCAGGGUCGUUUAAUUGUUCUUGUCCAGAGGGUACCUACUUAGAAAACGAUGGAAGAACAUGUAGAGUAUGUGACGGUUUCUCAUAUGGUAUGGAUUGCCAGACUCCUUGUGAAUGUGGUGUGGGUGCAUCACAUUGCGAUCCCGUCCGAGGGUGUCUGUGCAAAUCUGGAUGGAUCGGCACCAAAUGCGACGCAGACAUUGAUGAGUGCAUGGCCGGAAAUCCUUGCAAUGGCACCCAUCAAGUAUGUCGCAACACGCCAGGAUCCUACGUAUGUGUCUGUCAGAAUGGUUACGUAGAGGCCUCAGGGACUUGUAAUGAUGUCGAUGAAUGUGUUGAUCGUCCCUGUUCUCAGCUGUGUAUGAAUACUCCCGGAAGCUUCUUCUGCAAUUGUUACUCAGGAUUUCAUUCUGUUAAUGGUAAUCUUUGUGGCGACAUCGAUGAAUGUAGCCUACCGGUCCAACCUUGUGACCAAGUAUGCACCAAUACUAUAGGCAGUUACAAGUGCAGCUGUCACGCAGGAUACCUACUGAAUACAACCAACAGGAAGGAUUGCUACGCAAAGACCGAGUGUUCAAACGGUACUGUAACCUGUGCCCAGAAAUGUGGAGUCCACGCUGAUGGGUCAGAAUACUGCUUCUGUGACAAUGGCUAUUUCAUAGAUACUACAGACAAUAGAACAUGUCUCAAUCGAGAUGAUUGUUCCCCUAACCCUUGCAGCCAGACGUGUGUUGAGAAAGCACCGGGUCAAGGUUAUUCAUGUCUCUGUGAAAACGGAAAAAUGUUGGAUGACGAUCAAAGAACAUGCAUAGAGUGUUCAAACUGGAGGUUUGGUCCGAAUUGCUCCAGCCAAUGUACUUGCAACAACGAGAACUCCCUGUCUUGUGACCCCGUUUCUGGUGAAUGCACCUGCAAGCCCGGAUGGUCUGGGACAAAUUGUGAGAGUGAUAUCGAUGAAUGUAGACAGUCCAGUACAUGUCCUGUCUCAUCCACAUGUGUAAAUUCCUUAGGUUCAUACACAUGUGUAUGUGACAAUGGCUCAGUAAUGGCGGGUGGAACGUGUGUGGAAUGUUCCGGACACCGUUACGGACUAAACUGUGGGUUACAGUGUCAAUGUAAUGAAGAAAACACUAUGGCAUGCGAUAAAAGAAACGGCACCUGCAACUGUAGAGGAGGGUGGACAGGGCUCAAUUGUUCAGUGGAUGUACACGAGUGUUCUCUUACUCCCAGUAUUUGUGGUGCAAACGCCAAAUGCACAGAGGAAAUUGGUUCUUUCAGUUGCCAGUGUGAUCCGGGCUUUCAGAAAACGUCAUCAAAUACAUGUUCAAAUAUAGAUGAAUGUGUGACAGGAAGUCAUUCCUGUCACGUGAACUCCCGCUGUAUGGACACUAGUGGUGGCUAUAUCUGUACAUGUGACCCUGGUUUCUCGGGAGAUGGACACACUUGUUCAGAUGUAAAUGAAUGUUCAUCACCAAGUGUGUGUGACCCAAAUUCAAAGUGCAACAAUACAUGGGGAAGCUAUGUUUGUACUUGUGAUCCUGGUUUCAUUGGAGAUGGCAAAAAUUGUUCAGAUGUUGAUGAGUGUUUAAACGAACCCCCGGGAUGUCACCCUGAUGCUCUGUGUAAUAACACGGCGGGGAGCUUCUCCUGUCAAUGUAAGAGCGGUUACGAAGGUGACGGGAAAAUGUGCAAAGAUAUUGAUGAAUGCUUGCGCAACCUGUCUUCUUGUGAUACGCAUGCGCUUUGUACAAAUACAAACGGCAGUCACACCUGUGCAUGUAAAUCGGGUUUCUAUGGAGAUGGACAAACCUGUCUAGAAAAAGAUGAAUGUGCAGAAAACAUACACAGCUGCCAUGUCAAUGCCUCUUGCAUCAACACGUUCGGUAACUACUUCUGCGAGUGCAAUCCCGGUUUCUUUGGCAGUGGCAGGAAUUGUACAGAUGUUGAUGAAUGUUUGGAUGGUAGUAAUGACUGUCAUCUAAAUGCUACUUGUCACAACACCGUCGGUAACUUUUCCUGCAUGUGUGACAUUGGAUUUCAUGGCAAUGGCGUCAAUUGUUACAAAUGUCCCAAUAUGACGUUUGGUGUUGACUGCCAGAACCAGUGCACAUGUAACACCAGCAAUACCAGGUCAUGUGACAAAGUAACAGGAGCGUGUGCAUGUAAAAUUGGAUGGAAUGGAGACACCUGUAGCGAGGAUAUCCCAGAAUGCACAGAGAAGCCGGAUACAUGUGGAUUGAACGCAAUCUGUUCAGAACUACCCGGAAGCUACAGCUGCUCUUGCAUGACGGGAUACCAAAUGACGACAAAUAAUGACUGUCAAAAUGUUGAUGAAUGCAACACCCAGCAACACAAUUGCCACCCCAAUGCACAUUGCAAUGACACUGUUGGUCAUUUCCUAUGCGCUUGUAAAUCUGGAUUUAGCGGAAACGGAACGUCUUGCACAGCCAUACCCCUGAAGCCAAGUAUUUCCGAUACCACAGACGACAAAUACAGAAUCAAAAUAAGAUUCGACAUGAACACUAAUCAAACCACCCUAGACGUGCACUAUAUGAACACAGUCCAAAGGAUGACAACUGCACUAGCUUCGUUUUAUCAAGCAACGAUACCAGGAUUUCAGAGAGUCGUUAUUUUACACAUAAGAAUUGGAAGUCUGAUUGUUGAUCAUCAGUUAGUGACUUCAAAAUCCCAUUCCGACCAGCAAAAGACUGACAUCACUAAGGCCCUACAGCGACUAGCCAGUGGGACCGUUAAUAUUGUAUACGAUGGCAGGGAACAGCGAACAAUGUCUGUAGAACUACAGAAUUCGGAAUCCAGCAAUUUUGUGAACAUUAGCUCCACAAGUCUCUGCACAAUUUACCAAGCCCUACAACCAUGCCAAGAAGGUCAAAAAUGUUCAGAAACAAAUGGAAACAUUGCCUGCAGCCCAUUGACGACAUCAGAUAAUUACAUGGUGAUAGUUGGACUUGGAGUGGGAAUUCCAUUCGGAAUAAUCACUAUCCUGGGACUCUCCAUAGUCUAUUUUUACCUCAAGAAAAGACGCGGUCAAAGAGAGCCUAAACCGGACUACGAUAGCAGAUCUGUCAUCAGUGGUAACAGUGAUGACUCGUUGAUACAUUCCUCCGUUAAGGGUAUAACAAAACGUCUGGAUACAACAGGAAAACGCGGACCAUUCAGUCUGCACGACGAGUCCCCCAGCAGCAGGGAGACACGAACUUCCUCCAGUCGUUUCCACAGAGAUUUCUGAAGGAAAACAGCAGCAAUUGUUUCCCCUUCCAGAUGUUGAUGUAAUACGCAAGAGGACUUGUAAUAGAUAUAAUAGUUUAGUGAAUCAUUAUUUAUCCUUUUGAUCGUUAUUCCUAAAUAUCUCUCAAAUAUGAAUACACAAACAACCCAGUCAUUUUUUUCAGGAUUAUCUAAUUAUUUUACUAUUAAAUACGAAUAAAAUUGUAUGAAUACAGUUAUUGUUAACAAGUUAUUGAUAUAUUUCAUAAGUUCAGUCUUUUGAUAUGUUUCAUAGGAACCGCAUUUGACCUUUUGUAAAUAUUUGUUAAACGUUGUGACAUUUCAUUACCAAGUCGAAGAAUACAAAAACAGUAUAACAGUAGAGAAAUUCAAUUGUAACGAUGUACUGCAGUCCGAAGAAAUCAUCCUCUGUUUCCUGAUACAUAUGUACCUCCUCGACGUUUUAUUCUUAGAUUUGUUUUCCCUUUGUUGUGAAAUUUAGUAUGUUUAUUUCAUUAAAAACAUGAUUCAAAA